UUGCUAACUUCUCUGCAGUGUUUAUUUUCGUUCGUGGUCCAAAAAAGAAAAAUAUUUACAAUGGCUGAUUUUCCUUAAAAAGAAAGUGCAAUUUUAAUUUCGGUGCCAACUGGACUCCCAGAUCGAACAAAAUGAACCCAUCGGACCCAGCCGCUAAGAAAACAGGUAUUUUUAAGUAAUUGUUUACUUAAAAUUUAUUUACAAUGGCUUCUAACAGUGAUGGAGGAGCUGGUAGCAGCAAUACCCUUUCAAGAAAUUUUGCAACUAGAGAUUAUGAUCCUUACAAACAGCAGUUUGAAAAACCUAGCAACGAGUUGAGCACCUCUAGGAGAAGAUGUGAUCAUGAUCUGGAUUAUUAUCGGGAACAACACCGUGCUGUAAUGAACCAGCUUGAGGUUUCUAGUCAAGAUUCGGCCUCCCUAAGAAAUAAAUACACUGAGCUGAUAAAUGAGAACAAACAGCUGAGAGAUGAAAAUCAGCGACUGCUUAAGGAGCUUACUGAACAUAAUGGAAAUGCUUCAGAAGCUCUGUUUAUGUCACAUUCUCAAGCAUUGUCUAAGUUGGAGGUGGCCCAAGAUGAAAAUGCAAGGCUGAUUAAGCAAUGUGAAGUCAUGGGUCAAGAAAGAGGAGCUGCCCAGCGUGAUGUUCAAGGUUUAAGGCAACAGCUGGUAAAGCUGUGCAAGGACUAUGCAAAAUACAGGGAAGCUCAUCAAAAACUUCAACAACAAUAUGAAGAUUCUGUCAAUAUGACUAUAAAGGCAAACAAGGAUAUCAAAAGAUUAACUGAUGAAAGGAAUGCUACUAUGGCCGAAUACACCCUUAUUAUGAGUGAAAGAGACACUGUGCACAAAGAAAUGGAAAAACUUAGCGACGAUCUAUCGCAGGCAAUGAAAAAAUUAAAAAUCCUAGACGCCGAUAACAAAGAAUUACAAGAAUCGAAAAGGGGCAUGAACUACCAGCUGGAAUCGUUAAAACGGGAAAUCGCGAGCGCUCUAAACGAGAGAGACAAGGCCCUGAAAGAGUGCAACGACUUACGCGAAAAAUUCGGCGAAUUGGGCGCCACCGCGGAAGAUGGUCGUCUUCUGCUUGGCGACCAGUUGAAGAAAAGCAGAGGGCGCAUGCUCGAUAGUCUUAGCACUUUGGGCGAGGGUGGGGGAAGGAAGGAACAUAUGAGAGACGAUUCCCGCUCGAUUGGUCAAAGACAGAGACUGGACAAUUUGGAUCAGGCUAAUCAGGAAUUAGAGUCGCUUAGAAAAAGUCUGGAUAAAGCUCAGAGCGAAUUAGCUGAAGCGGUUCAAGAAGCAGAAGUAUCAAAGGGCAGAAGGGACUGGGCCUUCUCGGAACGCGAUAAAAUAGUAUUAGAGCGAGAAAGCAUACGAACUCUCUGUGAUAACAUGAGAAAGGAACGAGACCGCGCUGUUUCGGAACUAGCGGAAUCUCUUAGGGAAUCUGACGCCAUUAAGAAGCAACGAAAUGAACUUUUGAAGGAGAGCAAGGCUUUAAGGGAAGCAUUGGAAGCUCAAAUCGAAAGGGAGGGUAGACUAUCUCAGACGAAUAUCGAAGAGCAAGCACACGCUUGCGGGCACAUGGAGGUUAUUCAGUUAGAUCUGACAGGUUCUGACGAGGAAGCAUUGGAAUUUGCUGGUGGUAGAGACUUCCCCGGCGACGGAUCAGUGUACGUGGCUUCAGUGGCGCCCGGCUCGUCCGCGAUCGGAAAAUUCUUCCCGCACGAUCGCAUUUUAAGGGUAAACGACGUAGAUUGUAGCCAAGCGUCGCUGCGCAUGGUCACCGAGGCGAUCCGCUCGAGUAUGCCAGCCGCGCACGUUCUAGUGCGCAGAACCAGAUGCGCGAGAAACGAAAUUAGGGCCACCGGUGAAAAAGUGGCCAAGUGGAUACAUACGGCAAGAUUAGCACCAGGCUGUCACGGUAUUUCAUUAAAAACGGGCGUUUAUAUCAACCGUAUAAGCGAGGGAAGCCUCGCGGCCCGAGACAAAAGCCUCACUGUGGGAGACCGAGUGCUAAGAAUCAACGAUACGUCCAUGGACGAUAUAGAGGGCGUACGCGAAGCCAUGCAAGUACUAAACGACGAGAGUACCGACGUGAUCAACAUCACCACCUUGAAAAUGAGUUAUCCGGAGUGUCCGAACGUGUUUACUCCCGUCAGGAGAAACAAAAAAGAGAACAGGAGCUCGCAGACUGAAGAUUGGCUGAGCCAGUCGGACUAUAAAUAUAACAAUCAAGAGAAAAAUAGCGGGGCGUGGUUAAAAGAGAAACUGGAAAUGGUUAGGGGACAGUGGCGCCACUCGAAGGAGGACAAGAAAAAAUAUCGAAAUAGUUCGCCGAAUCCGAUUGAUUUUGGACAUGAACAAGCCAUAGCAGAGCUGGACUCUGUAUUGGACAGGUACCAUCAUACGGACACCAUAAAAAGAACUUCGGCUGCAGUUAAAAGGCAACUUUCGCAACCUAAAGAGGAGAAGAAUAACGGGGGGACUUGGCCUAAGGCUCGAGCCACGGCCGUUUUAAUGUCCGGUGGUGGUACUGUGGUAACAAGAACCAAAGAACGUCCUCCCUUGAGCAUAUUAGCUCAGCCCAAAGAAACCCCGGAUUACUAUAGAAAUUCUACUCCGGUACCGUUGGUUCCUCAGAGUCAACCGUCCAACAACAGACACUCGGUAUAUAAAAGUGUUGACGCGAGCCACCAUUUUACAAUGCCAGCCGACUCAUUCGAAAUAGUUAACAGGGUCGGCACUUCAAACAGACAUAGCGUCAAUAUGAACUCCGAUAACAGCCUGGACAUACCUGUACAGAGAUUAUAUGAAAAGGACGUUAUGCCUUAUUAUAAAAAAAAUAACCGGUUAGCCGUAAGUAAAUAUGGUUCGGACUCGGAAAGGGACAGCAUAAUAGGUAAUUCGCACGAGGGUGCGUCCCAUUCGAGGGGUCCCAGUCAACUUUUUGUACCACCCAGGGUACAUUACCCGUACCACCCUCAUCCCCAUCCGCACAUAAAUCAAUCACGGGAAAGUUUCAAUUUCGAGCCGUACCACAAUCACAGCACAUCGGUGGAUGCGGCUGCUACGCGGCGCAGGCCGGAUUUAUUGGAUAACGGUGGUACUUAUCCCAGAAACCCUAGGAAUAGGGAGCAGCGAUUUCGUGUCCCAUCCAAUCCUAGUGUAACUUCGAAAGUGAGUAGCAGCAGCAUCGAGAGAAACGGGUCGGAAAGGGGCAGUCCGAUGCCGAUUUUUCACGUGGAAGUGCUAAGCAGUCCUGGGGACCAUUCUUCGCAAUCCAGUACGGCUAAGGAUUAUUGUCCUUGGGGACAUAAACCGUUGCCGGGGGAGCUCAGAAGGGUCCAUAUAGAUAAAUCCAACGAGCCUCUGGGCAUUCAGAUAGCAGACACCGGGGGAAUUUUCGUUUCUACAGUAGCUGAGGGCAGCUUAGCGAGCCGAGUCGGUCUACAAAUCGGCGACCAGCUGCUUGAAGUUUGCGGCAUCAACAUGCGCAAUGCCACCUACAAUUUGGCCGCGAACGUGCUGAUGCAGUGCGGCAAUUCCAUUACUUUACUGGUUCAAUAUAGUCCGGAGAAAUUCCAUGAGAUAACAGAGGGCGUCGAAUCCUUAUCUGGGACCUCAUCAAACGACGAGGAGGAGGAAGAAGAAGAAGAGGAGGGCGAAGGAGACGCGACCCCAUGUAACUCCCCAAAAGAAGUGAGAAAAACGCCUUCGUUACAAAACAAACCCGCCUCCUUAAUGCUUAUGCAAAGGCAAAGCGGUGUGUCUAGCGUUAGUAGCGGACGGGGUUCAAUCGAGGAACCUCGGUACUUAUGUAUCGAAACUCUAAAAACGUCUAACCUGGGGAUUUCUUUGGUGGGUGGCAACGCGGCUGGCAUUUUCAUACAUUCGGUUCAACCCGACUCGUUGGCUUAUCACGCGGGAUUACGUACAGGUGAUCAAAUUCUCGAAUAUAACGGAAGUGAUCUGAGAUCAGCGACCGCAGAGGAAGCCGCCUAUGAACUCGCUAAACCUGCCGAUAAGGUUACGGUUUUGGCACAUUAUAGGAUCGAUAAAUACAAGGAAAUCAAAGAUAACCCGGGAGACAGUUUGUACGUCAGAUGCGGCUUCGAUAGAAGCGGCAACGAACUAACGGACCCGCCACAAUUAUCAUUUAAUAAAGAUGACGUACUUUACGUGGAUAAUACGAUGUUUAACGGGGUGCCUGGACAGUGGCGCGCGUGGAAACUCGACGGAGAGGGACACAGACAACAAUGCGGCGUCAUACCGAGCAAAUACAAAGUGGAAGAGGAAAUGUUGCUCAGACGUGGAGGCGGUGACGCGUUAGAAAGCCGAACGGCCGCCACGGCGAGACGCAGUUUUUUUAGACGGAAAAAACACCAGAGGGGCGGAAGCGGUUCUUCUGGUUUAGGGUCAGCCGGUUCCAGAGAUUCCAAGGAAUUGGCCAGUUUUUGUAAUUUAUCGCCCGGCUGGUAUUCAGAUAGCGGUUCCUUACACGAAGAUCUCUCCUUGAUGUCGUACCAGCGAGUCGAGCGGCUUCAGUAUCCGGAAUUUCGUCCCGUUUUGGUACUGGGGCCGUUGGCGGAAUGCGUGGCCGAUAAAUUAGUAACCGAUUUUCCGGAGAAGUUUCAACGUGCUCAGACUGAUACGAGAAGGUGUAAUCAAGCUCAACUUGACAGAGAACUCGAAGACGGCCUAAUAAUCGAAUACAGACGACGAGGUUCCUGUUACGAAUGCACCUCGGUGCAAGCGGUAAAAGCGGUCGGCGGUGCCCGUCUCCACUGCAUGAUGGACUGCAGUAUAGCGACCGUGCAACGAUUACGACGGCUCAGCAUCAACCCGAUGGUACUUUUAAUCAAAUUCAAGAGCACCAAACAGAUCAAGGAGGUGAAAGACGCGCGCUACAGCCUGGACAAACUGUCCGGGAAAGCGGCCAAGGAAAUGUUCGAGCACGGCCACAAAUUGGAGGCGGAGUAUCGCCAUUUGGUCACCGCGGUGAUAUCGGCGGGGGCGAAUGUCGCCCACGUAUGUGCUCAAGUUAAAGCGGCUGUAGACGUCGAGCAUAGAAAGAGUCAGUGGGUUCCUGUGGGAUCCGGUCAUUAAGGUCCUAUUAAUUUUUUUAAUUGGUUGUUUUAAGGUUUUUUUUUGGAUUCGUAGACACACGAUUAAGUAACUUAUAAAAGUCAAAUAUUGCCCCCUGUAAGCUUUUUGAUAAUUGAAUAAUUAUUUUAGCGCUUUUUAAGUUUAUAUUCAGAGGGUGAAGGGCAAAAGUCAACGGUCUCAAAGUAUGUUUAUUUCUAAAAAACUAUGACACGUGUUUCGUCCUAAGGCAUCAUCAGAUCUAAAAGUGGAGAGUAACCUCGGGAUAAUAACAACAAUGCAUAGACACGAAUAACAAUAUUAAAAUACGAAUUACCGGUAAAACUACUAAAUUAACACCACAGACAUUUAGGUUAAAAUGAAAAAUAAAAAAAUAAAAUGUUGCUGUGAUUUAAAACGUGAUAUAAUGUUCCCAUUAUAUCACGUUUUAAAAACUAAACAAAACAAGCAGAAUGAGGAGAGACAGAAGAGCAGCAGAGAUUUUUUUUAAUAAAGAUUGAAAAAAAAAAUAAGCAUUGUUAAUUAUGCUUUAUUUAUUAACAAAAAAAUUAUAUUCUAUUUAAUAAAAUAAUAUAUAAGUAACUAAAUUCAACACAAGGAAAAAACAUCGAUUUUCACUAAUUUCAUUUUUCAUACAAAAAUAAAACAAUAGACCCAAGAAAACAAUAAUGAAUUAUUAAUAUCGUGUAUUGCCACCUCUAGCUGCAAUGACCGCUUGAAGUCUUCGCGGCAUGCCUCGCAUCAAAUGUUGAAAACUUUCCUGCGGAAUGUUUUUCCACUCCUUACGAGCAGCAUGUUCCAUGAUAGAGCAUAAACAUCCGGUUCUGCUUUUUGUAUGAGUAUAUAACUGUUUUAACUGAUAUUUAUUUCUAUUUAAAUUUUCUUGACAAAAUAAUCUGUGGUGCGAUAAUUUUGUCCAGGAGUUUCGAUUAUUAGGAAGUCUCUUUGAGAAAAAUGGACUACUUUCUUGAUUUUUAAGUUGCCUAAGUUAGGUGGAAAUUGAGCACAAUAAUCUUUAGAGAGUAAUAGGUUAGGACCAGAAAUAAAACUAUUUUUAAUAUAAGCCCGUAUUUUGGCGUCUUUCUUUAAGGCUAAAAGAGAACCAUUGUUUAGAAAAUUGUGGAAAAAAAAUACGUAAAUUAAAUUAUACAUAAGUAGAAUUUCCUUUUAGCCUUAAAAAAGAUGUCGAAGUAAAAGCGAAAUGUCGGUACGUAAUGUUAUUAACCGUUCUCUCGCCAUCUCACACUCUACCUUUGAUAAUAAUUGCGUUGGUAAUAAUAGACGUUGCCGCAGUUUUUAUUGUCACCCUAAGAAAACCAAAAACGUUGAUCAUAUUUGUUUUUACAUACACAUGAAAUAAUUAUAAUAUAAACAGUGUCUAAAGUAUUAAUUUAGAAAAAAAAACAAUAAGAAAACGAAACAGCUAAAGUAGAGACUAGGUUUGACAGACAGUGAUAAUGAAUAUGUUAAAAUGAAUGCAAGGAAAGUCUAACAAUCGCGUGGUGGUUACGUCAUAUAUAUUUCUCCGUCAAAGGGAUCAUCAUACCUAAAUAGAAAUAUAGAAUCGUGUCAUAUUGCGUCAUAUUUAACUACUAAAUAAAUAGAAAAUAUACUCUAUCUUAUGUUAAAAAUGAUUUAAAACGCACUAGCAAACCUGUAAAGUAAUAAUAUACAUACUAAAAUAUGAUGUGAAUUAUUUUAAUCAAUUUCUUCUUUUGCGUGUAGUGCUUUAAUGAGAUAAUUGGCAACAUAUAUUGUAUUUAUUAACCGGUUGUUUUUGUUGUAAGUCCUUUAACAUCAUAGAUAGGAUUUAUUUUAUUUAGUAACUUAGUUUCACAAUAUUUCCUACUUUAAUUUGGGUCUGAUGAUGCCUUUGACGAUGAAAGCUGUGUAAAUUUACUAAAGUUCAAUUAAAUAAAUACACGAUAUUGUGAGAAAUUAACCAACUCUCCCUUUUUCAGUCUUUUAAAUAUAAAAGUAUAUGAUGUUAACAAUAAUUUGUGCAUUAACUUUUUAAAUUAAAACAGGCAUAUCAUUAUACCAUUUAUACGGUAUAAAUGGUAUACUGAUAAUCGAUAUACCAGUUAAAAAACUUCAUUUUGCAUAAUAAAACCAAGUUACCAACGCAAACAAAAUAACGAUAUUUCUCGUCAUUUAAAUUAAAAAUAUGUUAACAUUUAUUUUUGGAAUACAAAUGCACUUCCUAUGGUCAAUAAUUUGAACUUCAUUUGUUAGUAAAAAAAUACUAAAUAAGGUGCAGAGAGUAAUUUCAUUUAAUCAUCUCUUUUUUAUGGUUAAAAUUUCACUUUUAUGGCGAAAACUAACCCAACUUAUGGCUAUUUUUAAAUCAUAAAGUAGCAGGUUGACAUAUCUUUAAGGAAAAUUCGACAAUAACGACAUCUUGACGUUAAUGACCAAAUAAUAUCAAUUUUUCGCUCAAAUAUUUAAAUAGUCUUCUACUAUGAUGGCUUAUUGGCACUAUAUUAUUUAGUGCCCGAAAAUAAUGCCUAAAGUAUGAAAUUAUGGGGCCCUAUAUGGACCUCCAGAAAAAAAAUCAUCACUCAAAUUAUAAACUUUACCUAUGUUCCUAAAUUAGUAUAUCAUGUACAGAAUAAUUCAAUUUAUUAUUCUCUUAUUUAUGGUUGAAAUUUGGCUUUAUGGCUAUAUAGGGACCGUAGUUUAGGUUUUCAAAAAUCUGAUAUUUCACGGAUUUUUAUGGCGUUUUCUCUAAAAGUUAGAGAAAUUCUUAGUGAACAAUUCAUACAUAGAGUUUUUAUUAUUUUAUUAUAUUAAGUUCACAGAGUUGAAAUUUUCAUGAUUCGGUUCAUUACAGUUUAAAAUUAAAUUAAAACAAUGCGCUCCACAUUUUAUGCUGACUUUAACAGUGGUCGAAGACAGGUCACUAAUAUUGCCAUCUGUCAAAUGGCAAUAUUGGUGGUUUAAGAACUUACAACAAUUAUUAUUAUCAAACGUACGUUAAUUAUUAUUGUUAAAUAUCAAUGUUAUAUAUUUGCGUUUCUAAUUAGUUAACUACCACUAUAGGUAAACAAUUUUAAAUCCCACUUCUGUUCGAAUAUUUAGGUUCUACAUAAAAAAUGAUUAAUUUUGUUAUGAAUCGAUGUUCUACUAACCAAAAAUCCUUAAAAUCCAACCAAUUUUUUUUUUUUUAAAAAUGCUGAUACGAACAGCAGUAAGAGGCAAUAAUAUUAUAUGAGAAGGGACAAGACCUUUAAAUGAAAUAAAUUCCCAUUGAAUAAUUUUAAAUGAUUUACAAUUUUGAUCUUAUACAAGUUUGUAAUUAUACAGUUUUGAGAAUUAUAUAUUGUUGUUAUAUACAAAAUGUUUAAAGAUGUAUACUCGAUAUUUACAAUUUUCUAUGGAAUCAUAUCAAGAUUACUUCCUUAGGUCUUAUAUAAACUAGUAGCUCUUAGGUUUAAAAGACCAAUUUAAUUUAUGGUUGAGUCUUAACGAUAUUUAGACAAUGAAUCUUUAAAUACAUGGAGACACACCAUCCAACUAGGUUUAUGGCUUUGAUUGCAAAUAUUUUGUAAACUCUACGAAACCAAACACCACAUAAAUUCAAUCAAUCAGCGGAGGCGGCAUUCACCCAUAAACCUUGCUGGACUGUUUUCGUUGUAUAUUUAUUAAAAAUAGACUUUUUAGUCACACGAAUACGAAACAUUUAGUAUCAUACGAAUCUCUUUAUUAUUAUUUAUUAAUACGGUUGCACAUAUUUAAAGUUUUUAAUAAGUUAUAAAAAAUGUGUUAUUACACCUUAGUUUAUUAUAUUAUGUUGAAUACCAUAUAUUUUGAUAACAGUCCACGAUUGACUAAGUUUAUGUAGUUUAAGUUUAAAUGCGUUAUCUAAUAAGCGAUGGUGGUUGUAUAUUCUCUUCUUCUGUGAUUAUUUUUAAUAUUUCCUUUAUGUUUAUUUCUUACAAAGAAGCGAAAUAUAUUUAUAUAUUUUAA